AUGAAUGUUGCACGAUUUCUUCACACAGCAUCCACAUUGGCAGAUGGAAAAGUAUUAAUUACUGGUGGAUACAACAAUAGUGUUAGUUGUCUCAAUAGUGCUGAAUUGUACAAUCCAUCAACAGGCACUUGGACAGUCACAGGAAGCAUGAAUACCGCACGAUAUAUCCACACAGCAACUACAUUAGCAAAUGGAUCAGUAUUAGUUACUGGUGGAUAUAACAGAGUUAUUUAUCUCAAUGGUGCUGAAUUAUACAAUCCAUCAACAGGCACUUGGACAAUCAUAGGAAACAUGAGUGUCGCACGAGGAUAUCACACAGCAUCCACAUUAGCAAAUGGAUCAAUAUUAGUUACUGGUGGGUAUAACAGCGGUAGUAGUUAUCUCAAUAGUGCUGAGUUGUACAAUCCAUCAAUAGGCACUUGGACAACCACAGGAAGCAUAAAUGCCGCACGAUUUCUUCACACAGCAAACACUUUAGCAAAUGGAUCAGUAUUAGUUACUGGUGGGUAUAACAGCGGUAGUAGUUAUCUCAAUAGUGCUGAGUUGUACAAUCCAUCAAUAGGCACUUGGACAACCACAAGAAGCAUGAGUGCCGCACGAGAAUAUCACAAAGCGUCCACAUUAGCAAAUGGAUCAGUAUUAGUUACUGGUGGAUACAAUGGUGUUUUUCUCAAUAGUGCUGAACUUUAUUAA